AUGGAUGAAAUUAAUUGGGCGCAAGAAGAUGCUUUCGAGGCAAAACGGUUGAAAGAUUUGAGUAUUUUACGCGGUUCCGAUGCUUUUUUAUUAUUUCAAGAAAGAUUGGGUAGUGAAUUAUCGUCUUGGAAAUAUUGGGAUGAAAUGAUUGAACCACUAAAAAAAAAACAACUUGAUAUUUCACAUUUUUUGUUUACGGCUGAACGUUUGGGAACAAGCGGGGAAGAUGCUAUUUUGGACGAUUUUAUAACCUAUUUGUAUAUUACAUACAAGUGUGGUGUGAGUGAAAAAAGUAUAAUAUAUGAAUUGUGUUUCCACAUUAUUCAGUUUAUCUUUGAAGUAAAGGAAAUUUGUGGAAAUUUUAGGAAAUUUGUGCUUAAAAGGAAUUUUGUUGUGUGUCGAAGGUAAACCAACCCAAUGCGCGAAGGUUUUGAAGGUUUUGUUCGAGGGCGAAAGUUGUCCCCUACUUUAUAAUGAAGAUGACGCUUGGUUUGAUGACGAGGACGAAGAAUUUUGUUUUACUGAAGACAAUAAGUGGUUUGAAGAUGCGUGGGUGCAGGGUCUAGAGGAGAAAGAAAAAAUGCGGUCGGGCUAUAGAAAAGCGGCCGAGCAAGCUAUGGAACAAGCUAUGGAAGCCUUGGAAGAGGCGCAAAAACAGUUUGAUGCAGCGCAAUUCGAUUUUGACAGUCAAGAUAAAACUGUAGAAAAUGUUUCGCUUUAA